AAAACGCGGUCCAUUUGUCCCAAUAUAACCCCUCACCUUCCUACUAGGGUUCCAUGUCUCAAUUUCUUCCAUAAUUCCCAAAUUUUCUCAUUUCUUCAAAUUUUCUCUUUUUCCUUUCAGAUUCUUAACUUUCAAUCUUCAAUUCUUUUUCUCUCCUUGAUUUUUGAGUUUGUUUGAUUCGAAGAAAUUUAUGUUUUAGGGUUUCUGAUUAGAAAUUCAACAUUUUAGAAUUUUGUAAUUGAAGGUAGAAAGUUUCGAAAUCGGUGAGAGUUUAUUGUAAGAAUGCCAGCGACGGACUAUCAAAGUUCGUCUCCUUCAUCGUUAACGCAGUUUGGUCGUUCAAUUCUAAGCUUUCGUCGUGAACAGGUUCAUUCAAUGGAAGGGUCAACCUUAGAGACUGAACUUGAUUCUUUUCAGGAACAUGUUGCUGAUCGUUUCCUUGAUCUAUCUUCUGUUGUUCAAGAUGAUUUGCUUUCAUUGAAAUGGAUUGGGAAGCUUCUGGAUUGUUUUCUGGUUUGUCAGGAGGAGUUCAAAGCGAUCCUUCAUAGCCAUAAGGGACAGGCUUCGAAACCGCCGUUGGAUCGAAUGGUGUCGGAUUAUUUUGAACGGAGUGUUAAGGCUUUGGAUGUUUGUAAUGCUAUUCGUGAUGGGGUUGAACAGAUUCGGCUUUGGCAGAAGCUGUUGGAGAUUGUUCUUUAUGCAUUGGAUCAUGAAAGAAGUAUUGGUGAAGGGCAGUUUCGGAGAGCGAAGAAAGCGCUGAUUGAUUUGUCUAUUAGUAUGCUUGAUGAUAAUAAGGAUUCUAAUGGUUCUGUUGCGCAGAGAAAUCGAUCUUUCGGGCGGAACAAUGGUGGUAGAGAUAAAGAUCACAGCCAUGGGAAUAGUCAUGGGAAUAACAACUAUCAACAUCGGUCUUUGGGGCAUUUUAGAUCACUUUCAUGGAGUGUUUCUCGGACUUGGUCUGCUGCUAGACAACUCCAAGCGAUUGGGAAUAACAUUAAUCCUCCGAAAGCGAAUGAUCUUAUUGCGACAAAUGGUCUUGCAAUGUCAGUGUAUGUUAUGAAUUCAGUCUUGUUGUUUGUUAUGUGGGCUCUUGUGGCUGCAAUUCCUUGUCAAGACCGUGGAUUGCACGUGCAUUUCACCAUUCCAAGGAGCUACACUUGGGCUAUUCCGUUGCUCGCGCUGCACGAUAGGAUCUUGGAGGAGUCCAAGAAGCGUGAAAGGAAGAAUGCUUGUGGCUUGCUUAGAGAGAUUCAACAGAUUGAGAAAUGUGUUAGACAGAUGAGUGAAUUGGCUGAUUCUGCGCAGUUUCCGUUAACGGAGGAGAAGGAAGUGGAAGUUAGGCAGAGAGUUCAAGAGGUGUCAAAGGUUUGUGAUGCUUUGAAAGAUGGUCUCAACCCAUUGGAGCGCCAAGUGAGGGAAGUUUUCCAUAGAAUUGUGCGGAGCCGAACCGAAGGGCUUGACUCUUUUGGUAGUAGGCCAAACAAUGCUGAGUAACUUGUGAUGAUAACAUUAAAGUUUGAUUUUUCUUUCAUAGAAAUAGGUAACUACAAAAGGAGCAAGGGAUUGUAUAGGGAGAUUGUUGAUUUGAAUUGAACUUUAUUCCAAGAAUUAAGUGGUAAGGGAAAGGGUUCUUGUACUUAAAAAAUCAUGUGAAAUACUGUUUGCUUUUUUCUCCCCUCUUGUUAUUUUCUUGAGAUUUUCAUUUGUAGAACCAAUCUUCUCAUAUUGCUUGCCGCAUCCUCAUUGUAGCUGAUUUUGUUUAUGAAUAAUUAUUUGAUAAA